AUGGACAAGCGCAUAGGCUUCAUCGGCGCGGGCCAGAUGGCGGAGGCUCUGGCCCGAGGCUUCAUAGCCAAGGGCGUGUGCCGCGCGGAGCACGUGUUUGCCACAGACCCGGUGCAGGACCGCAAGGAGGUGUUCCGCAGCUUCAGCACCAACCCCGUGGACGGCAACAUCGAGGUGGUCCAGUCCGCUGACGUCAUCUUCAUCGCAGUGAAGCCGCAGUAUGUGUCGGUGGUGCUGCGCGAGGUGCGGCCUUACCUGGAGGACAGGCACACCAUCGUGUCCAUCGCCGCCGGCAUCACGCUGCAGUCGCUCAAGGCAAGGGAUGCGGCAGGGGAUGGGGUGCGGCUGGUGCGCGUUAUGCCAAACACGCCCUGCCUCGUGGGCGAGACCGCGGCAGCCAUGUGCCUGGGCGGCAAGGCGGACGACGGCGAUGCGGAGCUGGUGCGGCGGCUGUUUGACAGCGUGGGCAAGAUCUACAGGGUGGACGAGAAGCUGCUGAGCGCGGUGACGGGGCUGAGCGGCAGCGGGCCCGCCUAUGUCUUCCUCAUGAUAGAGGCGCUGGCAGAUGGAGGCGUGCGCUCGGGGCUGCCUCGCGACAUCGCCAACCAGCUGGCGGCGCAGACUGUGCUGGGAUCGGCCAAGAUGGUGCUGCAGACGGGCAAGCACUGCGGGGCGCUCAAGGACAUGACGUGCAGCCCAGCGGGCACCACCAUUGCCGGCAUUCACGAGCUGGAGCGGGCGGGCACGCGGGCGGCCUUCAUGAACGCCGUGCUCGCGGCCACGCAGCGGGCGGAUGAGCUGGCAAAGAUGGCCUGA